AUGAACGAAGAAUAUAAUCAAUCAAAAUUUUUAAAAUUACCAAACAUAAAAUAUGGAUCUACAAUAUCUAUAUCGCACUUCAAAGAUGAAAAUGCGUUUGUAUAUGUAGAUGGUCAUGUAAAAAAGAAUGUAAUGUUGCGAAGUUUCAAGAUAUAUAAAGAUAAUAUUCAAUAAAGGAAAAAGUAAAAGCGAAAUAGUUAAAAGUUAUAAUAAAAUAAUAACUAAAAUAUAGGAUCAUUAAAAUAAAUAACUGAAGAGGAUUUUCAAAAAAAUUAAUAAAAAAAUGAAUAUGUAGAAAAUAAAGAAAAGAGAAAUGAUAUCAAAAAAUUAAAAUUUUCGAAUUAUGAAAAUGAAGAAAAAAAUAAAUUAAAUUAUAAAUAAGACUAAAUAGAAAAAUAAAGAAGCCAUUUAAUGAAUGAAUAUAAAUCCAAUUUUGAUACUUUUAAAAAAUAAACAAAUAGCAUAGUUUCUUAUAAUUCCGUAAUUUAACUUUUGCAUUUAAAUUCUUGUAAAUGGUUAGCUUGUAAACCUAUGGAAGCAAAAUAUGAGAAAGAAAAUUUUAGGAUUACUUUAGAUGAUUAUACUUCUGACAAUACUAUGUUUAAGAUUUUACCUACUUUUAAAUAUUAAAAAGAUGGAGAUUAGUCUAUUUUUGCAAAUGAAAUUGUCUAUAUAGCUAGAUAUUAAGAUAUUAAUAAUAAAAUGACUUUUAUUAAUACUUCAGAGGAAAUCAUAUUAUUAAAAUAGCCAUCUCCAUCUACUAAUUAAUCUCAGAUGUAAUAAUCUUAACAAUAAAAUUAAUUUUAAGGAUAAAUAUAAUAAAUUAAUUAAGUUUAAUAAUAUACUAAUGAACUAAAUGGAUCUUAAGAAAAUCAUGUUAAUUUUAAAUUGAAUUUAUUCUAAGAAUAAUAUUAGGAAAAUUGGAAGUAUUUACUUUGCGGAGAUGUUGUGUGGAUUCAUCAUUCCGAAAGUGCCUGUUAAAUAGGAGUUUAAAGAAAAUAAAAAGGUGUUGAUAAGUAUGUUUUCUCAUCACUUAAUUUAAAUACUUGGCUUAGUAAAGAGAAUUUAGAACUAAAGGUUUUAAGUACAAAUAGAGGAUAAAGUUAUGAAUAAUAUUCUGGGAAUACAUUUGGUAUGUGGUUAAUUGAAAGUGAAUAAGUAAAUGCCGGGGGAUACAUUUAAUACGGAAAAUACUACCGUUUAAAACAUUUAUCAUCCGGUUUUUUCUUAUCUGUUGAACGCCGAGAAACCAAUGAUGAUUAAAUUGGCAAAAAAUCAGAUAAUAUAAAUGACUAUUAUUAACUUAUAUUAAAAGAAGUGCCUGAUGAAACUAAUUUAUUUGAAUUUACAUGUUUGAAUACUACAUAAAUGCUUGAAAAGUCGAAAUAUGUGAGUUUGUAGGCUUUUGUGUUUUUAAAAAAUAAUCGAUAUAAUUUAUUUGUGGACAUUUUUACAAAUAAUCUUGGGCCAAAUGUCGGAAAAGUAGACUAUCCAACUUUAUAGUAUUAAGAAGAUGAAAAAAUGCUUUUUAAACUACAUUUGGCAGAUAAAAAUGAUGUUUUUGAAAUCAAUUAUGUAGUGAGUUGUUUUUCUUAUUUGGUAAAAAUUGCUUGCUAAUUGGAAGAAACUUAAGAACGUUAAAAAGAUACGCAAAUAAUGUUUCUUUUAUAAAAAAAAAUUAUAAGUGCGGCUAAAUGUAUAUAUAAGUUGACUCAAUUUUGCAAUAAUAAGGCUUAUAAUAAUUCACCAAAUUAAAAAUAUGGAAGUUCAAACAAAUCUCGAUAAAAAUUAUUAAAAGAAUAAUAUUAUAUUGAUAUUUUAAUAAAGAUUCUUGAACUUGCUCUUUAAAAAAGCGAGCUUGAUGAGUGGUAGAAAUUCAAAUAAAUAUAUUUUAAUAAAUAAUAAUAAUAAUAACAACACUAAUAAAAUCAAUAAAAUAGUUAAAACUUAUAAUAAUUUAAAACAGAACAGUCUGAAUAAUCCUAAAGCUAAAAAAUAAAAAAAAAUGAAAAAGAAUAUAUGCAUUUUCUAGCUAUAAAAGUGAAAUUUUGUAUCCAAAUAUAUAGUUUAUUAUAAAAUAUAUGUAAUGAAAAUGAGACUAACUAGAUUUAUAUUUUCGAUUUACUUCCUUUUUUUUAAUUACAUUGUAAAUAUAUACCUGCUGCAAUAAAUUGUAUGUCCAAUAUUUGUAAAUAAAAUAAACUCCUUUUGUAGAAAUUGAAUGAGAAUCUAUAAAUAUAAUUCGAUUUUUAAUAAAACUAUUACAUAAAAGAAGAUUAUUCUAAAACUGUCAAAUUUCUCAUUAAUCUUUAUGAUGGAAAUCCUCGUAAAUAUAAAGAAAGCAAAGAAUUCAGGAAAAUACCAUUUACUUAGCAUGAAAAAUUGAAUUGUAGGCCGAUUAAUUUACUAAACUAUUUCAUGAAUUUAAUUUGGGAUGAUAAAGCCUUAAGAAAAGCGGAUUAUUUAAGAUUUCUGAGUGAUAUUUGUAUAUAUAAGGACAAAGGAAUUACUAUUAAUUAGGAAAAUAUAUUCAAAUUAUAUAAAAAAUUCUCUUGUAUGAAAAAUGAUUUGAAUUAAGAAAAUAUAUUUUCAUAAAAUGGGGAAUUAAUUAAACCUGCUAGCUUAUAAGAAUGGAAUUUGAUUUCUUAGUAAUUAAUUUUUUAUUCGAAUCUUUCUAAAGGAAGAAACUUUUUAUGGAAAUAAGAGUUAUAAGGUUAAUUUAGAAAAGAUCUUUUAUUUAAAUAAAUAUGGGUCAAUAAUGAUGAUAGUUAAUUAUAAUCUAAACUAUGUUCUUGUCUUUGUAGACUUUCAAUGAGUCUUUAUAUUGAUCAUGAGCCUUUAUGUAGAAGCUAAAAACCGAACUAUUGUAGGCUUUUUAAUGAUAUUUUGAUUGGUUAGUAAACGCAAGAAAUGCAUGUUUUGGCUCUCAGGGAAUCAAUAUAAAACGAAGUUUCUGAUUACUAAAAUCUUUUACAAAAUUUGAAAUUUUAUAUAGAAAAAGUAUACCAAAAUAUUGAAAACUAGAUAGAAAUUUUUAAACCUUAAAUUAAUAAUAACAUUGAUUAAUAAGAUGGGGAAAAAAUUAAUAUUAAAAAAAAUAAUCCAGAAAAUCAAGUAUCUCCAAAUGACAUUUGCUCUUCUGUACUUUUACUUACAGUAACUGAAAUGCUUGAUUUGUUAUUAUAAUUGGAUGUUUAUGAAAUUGUUUAAAAGGAAGAUGAUUUUGCUGAUAUUUUACAUUGUUUGUUAAGAAUUCUUUAAUAUGAUAAAAAUAAUAUUAAGUUUAUGGCAGCUAUGUAUUUGUAAGAGAAAAACUCAUAAAAUAAUAAAUAAUUAACCGAUGUUGUAUAGAAUCUUACUUCUGGAUUUUGUGGAAUUACUGAUUUUUUCAAAAAUUUAAUUGAAUUAAUAGCUUCUUCUGAAAACAACAAAGAUUAAGAUGGAGACGCUCAUCAAAAUUCAGGAAUGUUUGAAUUUUCUAGUAUUGAUGAUAAUUUAUUGUUUAAAAAUCCUAUUAUGAAAGGUUUUUCGGCUCUUAAUAAUUAUUUGGAAAGUAUCAUACAUGAAGAUUCUUAUUUAAUAUAGAAUGAAAUUUAAUUAAAGAUGAAGAUUUGCGAUGUAUUAAAUAAAUUUCUUUAUUUCCAUUAAAAUUAUCUAAUUACUAAUUCUCUUUUUUAUUUUAAAGAAUCUUCAAAAAAUAAUAUUUUUUCAAGUUUUGUAUCUGGCAAAAAAGAUAAAACAUAAUAAAUAUUAAAUCCUAUGAUUUCAAUAGAUGUUGCUUUUAAUCGUUGGUGGAAUUAUAUGUUUGAAACUAAAGGAAUAGGUAUAUUGCCAAGAAUAUCAUUAACAGGAAUACGUGAUAUAGAUAAAUAAUAUGCAGAUAUGGAUGAAAACUAAUUAUUUAAUCUAAAUCCAAUGUAGAUAGUAAAAUAAGAAGCAACAACUAACUUUAAAGAAUAUUAAAAUGAUAAUAAAAGUGAUAAAAUGCAUGAUUUUGACACCCUAAUGACUAUAUCAGUUAAGAAAAUGAAAAAUGAAAAAAUAGGUUAACCGUCUGUUUCUACUCUUCCUUCAUUAUUAUGUUCUUUUUUAUAAAUACACGAUCCGGAGUUAGAAAAAAGUGUACUUAAUAUAAUGAUGAGAUUAUUUAAUUAAAGAAUCGAGUUAAUAGAAAAUUUAGCUUAAAUGUAAAUAAUUUUCGAUCAAGAUAAGACUAUUCUUUUCAAGUUUUUAGAAUAAAAACUUCAUGAAUUAUAUAAAUAUACAGAAAAAAGUGAAAUAUGGUUUUAAACAUUAGAAAAGACAAAUGAUUCGAAGAAUAAUUUCAUUGUAGAGGAAAAUUGUGUUUAUAAAUUACAAAAUUUGAUAAAAACAAUAAAUAACGGACUUUAUUUGUAAAUAAGAAUCGAAAAUAAUGAAAUAUAUGUCGUUUAAGAUGAAAUAGAUCCUUAAAAAUAAAAAAUUCACAAGUUUAUUAAAAUAUAUGAGCCUAUUCUUAAUUUAAUUUAAGAAGGGAUGUAACAUUUUACUGAAAUUAUUAUGAGUGAUGUAUAUACGAUUAGAUCCAAAGAACUAUUAUAUGAUCUGUUCUAUUCUUCCUUUUAAUAUUUGAGGAGAUUUGUAUAAAAUAAUGUUGAAAAUUAGUUGUUAAUUCAUCAAUUUUAGAAUGUAAUAAUAAGCCAUUUAUAAUUCGACUUAGGUUAAAUAGAACUUCUGUGUGAAAUAUAUAAGGAUAAUGGUGAUUUAGUAUAAAAUUUAGAUAUUGAAAUGGUCGAAAUAAUGCUUUCUUUGAUAGAACAUGAAGGAAGAUAAGUUCGUUUUUUAGAUUUUCUAAUAACUAUAUAAAAAGUAAAAUCAAAAAUGAUAUUCGAAAACUAAUUACUUGUUUUAAAUUCAUUCCUUCCAAUGGAUGGUUUAUCAGAAAAAGAGUUCAAAUUAACGUAUACUGAUGGGGUAAAAAAUAAUUCAAAUCUAUAGCUUUAUUUCGAUGAUGUGGGGAAACUUGAGAAUUAAAAUUUGAUAUAAAAACUAUCUUAAAAUUCAUUUAAUGAUACUUAUAUUGAUGAACCAUUUAAAUAUCAUGCUUAAUUACUAAAAUGUUUGCUUUUUGCAACUUUAUAGGCUAAUAUAGAAAAUGAAGACCCUGUGUUUGUUUAAAUUGAUGCCGAUUAAUUCAAUAUUAGUGUUGCGAAAUUAAAAAAAUCAUUUACUUUUAAUUACUGUUUAGAUAUUUUGUUAAAGGAAGAUUAUUUUGUUAGCUUUGAAGAAUAGUUAGAAAAUAAUUUCGAUAUAACUUUUAAAAAAUAAGGUUUUUCAUAUUUUAAACCUUUUGUUGCUGAUUUUAUUAAAAUUGUGCACAUCUUUUCAGAUUCGAGUUCUUUAGAAGAUCUUAGUAAUAAUGAAUUAUCUUAUACAUAGAAAUAGAUAGCUGUUUUUGCACAAAAAGAAGGACAGAGACUUAAUGAAACUUAAGAAUAAUAUUUAAAAGUAAAUUAUAUUGAUUAUAUAUAUGUGAAUGUAGUGGGACUUUUCUUAGCUUAUUAUGAGAAGUAUUUAAAAGUGAAAAAAGGGGAUAAAUAAUAAGAAAAAUAAAUGAUGAUAGAUAUUUAGGAAAGGAAGGAUUUUAUUGCAUUGAAAGAUUUUAUGAAAGUGUGCAAAAUAAAAAUGGUAAAAUGUAAAAAAAUAAAAAAAAGACUUAAUGAAGAAUAAUAAAAUAGUUAAAAAUCUUCACAAUCUUCUUAAAAUUCUGAAAAUGAAAAAUUAAUUAAAAUCAAAAAAGACUUAAUAUAACAAUAAUAAUAAUAAUAAAAUAUAUAAAGAUAAAAUAAUUCGAUUUUAAAAACAAACUAAGAACCUCGAACUUCCUUUAAUAAGAAAAAAGAAGUCAAUUUUUCAAAAAAUAUAUAAUAAGAUCAAUAAUAAAUUUAAUAAAGAUCUUCAGAAAGAAUAAUUAAUGGAAAAAAUAUAAAUGCAUUUUCUAUUUUUAAAGAUUAAACAUGUAGUUUUUUAGAAUUUAAAUGGAAUACAUUUGUUUAUGCUUUAAAUAAUUCAGAAUUUAUAAAUAAAUUAAUUGAAAAAGAGGUAAAAGCGUUUGCUGAUGCAAUUUUAAAUGUUGAACUUUACGUUGAUAAAGAAAUAAACAAAUAAAUAGAUCCAAAACUCGAUCUUAAUUUAAUUCUUAAAAAAUUCAUUAAAUUUCUUCAAUUUAGUUUAAAUGAUAAAAAAAGUAAACAAACAACUCUUACUUUACUAACUGUACUUAGAAGUAUUGUGGAAAAAGACAAGGAAGAAAUGAUUAGUAGAUAAAAUUAAUUAGAUAAAUUAGGAGCUACUUAAAUGAUUCUAAUUGUUAUUUCUGAACAUUCUCAUUUAUUAGAUGGAGAGUUAUAUAUUAAUUUCUUAUUAUUUAUUAACACUUUACUUAAAAAUGGUAAUGUAAGAGUUUAAAAAACAAUUUAUGAAUUUUUCAUUAAUUAAAGCAAAACUGAACUCAUAUUUAAAAAAUUUCAUUAUUUUAUUAAAAAAUAAAUUGAAUAUGUUGAAUAAGAAGCUCAAGAUGAAGGUGGAGGUGAUGAUGAAGAUGCUUCUUCAAGUUUCACACAUUCAUAGGAUAUGGUUAUAUUAGAAAAUAUUUUAGAAUUUCUUAAAUAAUGCGUAGAAGGACAUUAUUUAGAAAUGUAAAACUAUAUAAGAGAUUAGUUUAAUUUGAGAUAAAAACAUGAUAUGAUUUCAUAUUUGGCUGAUUUAUUAAAGGCUUAUUACUUCGAAGGAGGAACUAAAUAAUAUUACGAUAAUAUGAAUAGAUGUAUUGAUACUCUUUCUGAAUUAGUCUAAGGUCCAUGCUAUCUUAAUCAAAAAGCAGUUUCUGGAAGUAAGUUUUUCGAAGUUAUUAUUGAUAUUUUGGAUAGAGAAUUCAAAAAAAAAGUAGUUUCUGAUGAAAGCAAAAGUUAAUUUACUUCAAAAUAAAAAUCUUAAUAUGGAUCUUAAAGAGGAUCUCGUUCUAAAGCUAUUUCUGUUGCUAAAUCUACGAAUUAAGCUCCUGACGAGCCUUUAGAUAAUUGGAUGGUUGCUCGUUUAUAAAAUAAGUGUUUAGUUCUUGUCCUUAGUUUAUUAGAAGGAAGUUACAUAAUCGAAUCUGGUGAAAAACUAGAAGGGCACAUAGUAACAUGCUAUAAAGAUCAAAUGAAGAACUCUUUAUAAGCAUAAAAAAAUCCUAUUUGGGCAUUCCUUACUGGAGAUAAUAUUAUUGGAUAAAUUGUUUCUUUUGCAAUGUCUUUUAUUGAAAGUGGUAUUAAGACUGCUUAAAUGAUGUAAUAAUAUACGGCCGAAUAAGAAAAAGCUAAAGUUUUUGGCUUAAUGUAAUAAGCAAAAUAUUUAACUGAAGUCUGUAUUUAAGAAGAAGAACUAAACAAAUUUUUCUCAUAAAAUAGGUUUUUGGCACUUUUCGCUAAUUAUGUAAAAUUAUGGAAAGAUUUGGCUUUUAUAAUGACAAUAAUACUAAAUAUAUUUAUUCUUUUUACAUUUACAGAUGCCUAUGGUGAUAGAUUCUCAGAUCAACAUCUAUUUAUGAAUGCUGAAUAUAAUAGCCAAAAAACCUAAAGUAUAAUAAUUGGUUUAGGCUUAGCGAUGACGUGCUGUAGUAUGUUUGUUGUAUCUUUCUUUUUAAUAAAAAACUUGCCAUUAUUAAUAAAAAGGGCUUGGAGUAAAGACAAAAAGAAUAAAUUAGUUCCAGAAAUGCCUCCAUUAAUAAUCCGUUUUAUUUUAUGGAUUUAUAAAUUGGCAAUAGUAUUAAUUGAUCUACUUUAAGAAAUUGAAAUUAUAUAUUAUAUUAGCUAUGGAGCUUUUUCUAUUAUUGGAACAUUCUAUCAUCCAUUUUUUUUUACUUUCCAUUUAACUGAAAUUCUUAUUAGAUUCCCUACACUUAAAAGUGUUAUUAUGGCUGUUUGGGGUCCUAAAAAAUAGUUAGCUUUAACUUAUAUGCUCUAUUUGAUUUUUGUAUGGUUUUUUAGUCUUAUUGCAUUCUAAUUCUUUAAUGGCGAAAAAGAUCUUAAAGGUGAAUGCAAUUAAAUGAUUUAUUGUUAUAUGCUUUUGAUUGAUUAAACAUUUAAGUCUAAUGGAGGUAUUGGAGGUUAUAUUCUAAGUACGUUUGAUAAUGAAGGACAAGAUGAUAUUUAUAGAUGGGAAAGGCUUUUAUUUGAUAAUGGAUUUCUUAUUAUUGUUGUCAUUAUUAUAGUUUAAAUUGUUGCUGGUAUUAUUAUUGAUACUUUUAGUAAUUUGAGAGAAUAAGAAAAUGAAAAAAAAGAAGAUAUUGAAGGAAAAUGUUUUGUUUGUGGAUUUAAAUAAGAAUUAUUUGAUAAAAAGGCACUUAAUAGUAUUAGAGGAGGAUUCUAAUAUCAUAUUAAAACAAAUCAUUAUAUGUGGAAUUAUGUUUAUUAUAUUUCUUAUCUUUAUUAAAAAGAUCCAACGGAAUUUAGUGGUACCGAGAGUUAUAUAUUUGACAUGAUUGAAAAUUAAGAUAGUUCAUGGUUUCCUAUAAAUAGAUCUAGUGAUUUAGAUUUGAAUGAAGAUGAAGAUGAUGAAAUUAAAUAAUAAAUUUUACUAGAUGAAUUAGAAAGCUAGACAAGUAAAUUAAGUGAGACUGUUAGAGAAACAACCAAAUUUAUAAUGUAAUAGAUAAAAAGUUGA